GCAAGGCGGGGCAGUGGGAGAACUGGCUGAUCUUCUCCUUGAAACAGCCACAUUCUAGGCGGGAAGCAGGCGGCAGGAGGGAGGAAAUAAAAAACCUCGCUGGCUUUCGUCAAGGUUUCUGGAAAAGUCCCGCAGCUGAAGUCCCCAUGGCUACUACCUACAAAAUCCGGGUUGCCACAGGCAACUACCUGUGUGCGGGGACCAUGGAUUCCAUCUCCAUCACCUUGGUGGGAUCUCGAGGGGAGAGCCCCAAAUCCCAGCUGGAUAAAUGCGGCAAAGACUUUUCGCCCGGAGAGGUGGGUGAAUAUGUGGUCCAAAGCGAGCAGGACUUGGGCCCCAUCCUGUUGGUCCGGCUCCACAAGGAGAAGUACAGCAUCUUCCCCCAGACAAACUGGAACUGCAGCUAUGUCGAAGUGGCCGCCCCCCAGGGGGAGACCUACCGCUUCCCCUGCUACCAGUGGCUUCUGGGGUACCAGACCCUCGAGCUCAGAGAAGGGGCAGCCAAAACCGUUUGCAUGGACAAGGAGAACCAGUUGCUCUUACAACAUCGGAGAGAUGAGCUGAGAGCGAAGCAAGAGGCCUACAGAUAUAAAGAAUAUCAGCCAGGCUGGCCCCAAUGCCUAGAUGUUGACUGCGUUGAUAAUUUGCAUCCAAACGAUCAGUAUUCCUGCAGCCGAUACAGCGCCUUCCAGGUGCAAAUGGUGGCUUCGGAAGUUGAGUUGAAACUGAAGGGUUUGCUGGAUUGUAAGAAUUCCUGGCGGAAGCUGGAUGAUGUACGAAGGGCUUUUUGGUUUUAUCGAUCCCCUGUUUCAGAAUAUGUCAGCAAGCACUGGGACGAAGAUGCUUUCUUUGGGUACCAGUAUCUCAACGGAGUGAAUCCUGUCGUCAUCCGGCGCUGCACCGAGAUCCCAGCCAAUUUCCCCGUCACGCAUGAGAUGGUUGCCAAAUCGUUGGAGAAUCACACCACCCUGGAGGAGGAGCUGAAGAAGGGCACCAUCUUCCUCAUCGACUGCCAGAUUCUGGAAGGCGUCCCAGCCGCCAAGCUGAACGGUACCCUCCAGCAUAUCUCUGCUCCUCUCUGCCUCCUGCACUCGACUCCCCUGGGGGAGAUGAUCCCCAUUGCCAUCCAGCUCACCCAGCAACCCGGACCAGAGAGCCCCAUCUUCUUGCCCACCGAUUCAGAGUGGGACUGGGCACUGGCAAAGCUCUGGGUGCGCAACAGCACUUUCCACAUCCACGAAGUUCUCACCCACCUGCUGUACACACACCUGGUGGUGGAAGUCUUCCUGCUGGCCACCCUGCGGCAACUGCCCAUGUGCCACCCGGUGCACAAGCUGUUAAUCCCACACUUCAGAUAUACGCUCCAUAUCAACGUCCUUGGCAGGGGAAACCUCUUUGCUCCAGGUGGCCUCAUAGACCUGGCCAUGGCCACAGGCUUCCACGGUCUGUCAUAUCUGCUGGCUAAAGGUCUUUCGGCGCUGACAUAUUCCACCCUCUGCCUCCCCGACGACCUCCGGGAGAGGGGGCUUGAGUCGCUCCCCGGCUACUACUACAAGGAGGACGGCAUGAAGCUCUGGGAAGCCAUUGAGAGCUUUGUGAAGGGCAUUGUCCAUCUCUACUACAAAAGUGACGGCUCUGUCAAGGAGGACCCUGAGAUCCAGGCCUGGGUGGCCGAGAUUUUCGACAAGUGCUUUUUCCAGCGAGAGUCCUCUGGCUUCCCUGAGCAUCUAGAAACCAUGGCCCAGCUCACCAAAUACCUCACCAUGGUAAUAUUCACCUGCUCCAUCCGCCAUGCCAGCGUCAACAACGGCCAGUUUGACUUUGGCGCCUGGAUGCCCAACUACCCCUCCUCCAUGAGGAAGCCACCCCCCAAAAUAAAGGGCGGGGUGACUUUCGAGAGCGUCCUGGAGACUUUGCCGGACGUCAGCACGACUUGUAACACUUUGCUGCUCCUUUGGCUGCUUAGCAAGGAACCAGAGGAUAGGAGACCGCUGGGGUGCUACCCUGACGAACAUUUCACAGAAGAGGGGCCGAAGGAGGUCAUUGCAGCUUUCCAGAACCGCCUGGCCCAGAUCUCCCUGGAAAUUGAGGAGCGGAACCGGAGGCUGCCUCUGCCGUACCACUACCUCAACCCCCCGGAAGUAGAAAACAGCACGUCCAUCUAAGCACAGCUGUCUCCCAGCCUGCUCUGCAAAGAGGCGCCUUGAAGACUACGGUUCCUAAAAGCCAGAAACCCAGGGAUAGAAGCAGGGGUGCCCUAUGGACCUGGCACUCCCUAUAGCGUUGAAACGUUGAACCUCCAAGUUGGGGCUUCGAGGCCUGAUGCUUCCAAGGGUGAAUAUAUGAGAAACUGCAGAACACCACAUGCCAAUGGUCCAUUUGAAAUGUGCCUUGGCUUCCUUUCUUCCGGACCCCUAGGAAAUCUCAGGCCUCCAAGGCUAGAUUCGGGACAGGUAGAAGAAAUUGCACCUUAACCUAGUCGAACUGGGAAAGUCAUUCCCACGGGAGGCAGUGAUGGCUGUCAACUUGGGAAGCUUUGAAAAAGGAGCACGCAUAGCAGGGGGUUAGACUAGAUGACCAUUGGGGGUCUCUUCCAAUUCUACAAUUCUAUGAUUCUAUUGCUCUCUGUUGGCUGGGGCCGAUGGGAGUUAUGUUCCAAAACAUCUGGACGCCACCCUGUGCUUGCAGUAGGGAGUAGGAUUAUUGUCACCAAGGAACAAAGCCACAAGCAGGAGAGUCAGAGCAAUGUUGGGCGUCUGCUUGAAUCCAAGGUUGUGGCUAUGGAACAAACUAGAGUCUCUUGGGAUAGGCUCAGGUUGUAUAUAUAGUAUGUGUAAAUAAACCAUAUAUCAUAAUCAGCAGUCGUUAACAGCCAUCAACAGGUUUACCACUCCUAUCAGCCCAUCACCCAUUCCCAUCUGAAUAUACAUAAGGGUCUGGUUGAUUCUGUUUCAGUGUAUCUGACGAAGUGUGCAUGCACAUGAAAGCUCAUACCAAAAUAAAAACUUAGUUGGUCUUUA